AUGGGGUGGUACACGUCGCUCAUCGUGCUCAUCGUCGCCGUCGCCGCGGCGGCCGUUCUCACUCCCGACGCCAUGCUACCCUAUGGUCGUGCCAGCCCCACGGGUGCUCCCUUUCUCUCGCCCACAGCGGGGGCAGCGCUGCGGUUUGUGCACGUGCUGUGCUGCUCCAUAGCGCUGGGGGCGUCUGUGUGGGUCACCUUCUUUGCUGGCGUCAUCAUGUUCCGCCACCUCCCCCGCCACACCUUCGGCAGCAUUCAGGGUCGUCUCUUCCCGGCCUACUUCCGCCUCGUGGUUCUCUGCUCCGCCCUCUCCGCCCUCGCUCUCAAGCUCACACUCAACCCUACCGCUGCUGCUGAAGCUGGUGCUUCCGGGGCAGGGGGCUUGCAGCAGGUGCAGCUGCUGUUGCUGCUAGCUGCCCUUGGGGCUGCGCUGCUGAAUCUGCUGUUGUUCGAGCCCAUCACCACCAAGAUCAUGCGGGAGAGGCACCGCAUAGAGAAGGAGGCGGGCAUCGGGGACGAGGUGGGGCUGUCGCGCAACAGGGAGGUCGCACGGACCAAUAAGGAGCUGGCAGCUGUCAACCGCCGAUUCGGCAUGUGGCACGGCAUGUCCUCGCUCUCCAAUCUCGUUGCGCUCUGCUCUCUGGAGGACAGCGACAACAAGGUUGACUGCAUUCGCCGAUCGUUACAUGCGCUGUUCGUUCAGGCCCUUCGCGAACAGAUUCCCGUCGCAGCACAGUACGAGGAGGGGGAGCCGUGCGGGGUGUGCGGGCACCGAUUGAUCCCCGCGGACGAGCGCAGCAGCGCCGCCGCGGCGCAGGCGCACAGCGCGUUCUCGUCGGAGAUUAUUCCGGGGUUCCUGUUCUGCGGGAGCUACGACAACGCGUCGCGAUCGGAGCUGCUUAAGGCGCAAGGGAUCACUCGGAUCCUAAACACGGUUCCCACGUGUCAGAACCUCUAUAAGAACUCCUUCGUUUAUCACACAGUGCAAGACAGCAAGGUCAUUCCCUUUGAGGAAUGCAACCAAUUUAUUGAGCAAUGCGAGAGGGAGCAGGCGAAGGUGCUGGUACACUGCAUGUCGGGCCAAAGCAGGUCGCCAGCAGUGGUGGUGGGGUACUUGAUGCGCGCCAAGGGGGUCAAACUGGCGGAGGCAGUCGCAUGGGUGACGGAGAGACGACCGUCAGUCAACAUACAGCCGGCCAUGCUGAGCCAGCUGCAGGCCUUUGAAGCCCGCCUUUUUGGAGGCGACGCUGCUCUCAAUUCCUCCGACCAGCACCAGCAGCACCAGCAACAGCAGCAGCAGCAACAGCAGCAGCAGCAACAGCAGCAGCAGCAACAGCAGCAGCAGCAACAGCAGCAGCAGGAGCAGCAGAUUCCGCAACCAGGGGCACCCCCCAUGGCUGAAGUCAAGAUCACCUCGCAAGCACCUCGAAAAUUCUUCUUCGCCCUCUCCCUUCGUCGGCCUCUCGCCAUUACCGUUCUUCUCGCCGUUCUUCUUCACGCAACGGCCACGGCUGUGCCCAAAGUUGUCGCCACUACGGAAUCUGCUCUUUCGGAGAACCUUCCAGCCGACACGGUCGCGCGGGUUGCGUCCAACAGGCGGCUCCUCUCGGACGCGGCGAAGCUCGACUCGCCCCAGCCAGGCUCCGUUACAGUCACAUCGUCCGUCGGAUCUUCGUCGCCGCAUGCGACAGCUCGCAUUCUCUAUGCGAGGUUUCCCGAAAUCCGGAACGACGAUCGCGACCACGCGCAUUACCUCGAUCCGCAGAACCGCGCGCGCGCGGAAGUGGGCUCUCCCGCGCUCGUGUGGGACGCGGAUCUCCAGGCGCAGGCGGAGCGACUGGCGGAGUAUCUUGCGCAAAAGGAGGGAUGCGCGGUGCGGCGGAUGAAGGAAGUCAGCGGCGGGAUCAAUCUGCGCUGGGCGGCGGAAAGCUGGGGGGUUCCCGCGGAGGCAGAAUCGGCGGUGGCGGAGUGGGUGCGCGAAAAGGCGCACUACCGCCUGGAGGCGUUCCCAGAAGGUUGCGCGGAGGGCAGGGAUUGCACGCACUACACGCAGGUGGUGUGGAAGAAGACGGAGCGCGUCGGGUGUGGAACGGCGAUGUGCAAUGAAGGAGGAGCCGUUUGGGCGUGCCGUUAUUUCCCGCCCGGCAAUAUCGAGGGUGACCGCCCAUACUAG